CAAUACCGCAAACACAUCAAAAUCACCGUGUUUUGUGAAAACAAAAGCUAAUCGCUGGUUGUUAGCCUAUACUAGGUACCAGAAAGACCAAAGCAUUCAGUCGUCAACUUCUCACAAGAAUAUCCAAUUAUCAAGGUUUCAUAUUGAUGUGUUCGAACAGCUUCAUCGAGAAAAGCAGAAUCAUUUUGACAAAAAGUCCGUGUCGGCGAACGCCGUCUCGAAGCCGUUUCGAACACCCUCCGCCGACCGGGAGCCUAUUGUAUUGAUAUCGUCACUCAGAGCCUGGUAUCCUGGUAAGCAGCAGACGACAACAUCAACUCCCGUCAAAAUGGCCGAACCCGUUCGUGUGUGUGUGACUGGUGCUGCCGGCCAGAUUGGUUAUUCCCUGGUGUACAUGGUUGGCUCUGGGGCAGUGUUUGGGCCCGACACCCCUGUCAUUCUUCACCUUCUCGACAUCACUCCCAUGAUGGGGGUCCUCAAUGGUGUGUGCAUGGAGAUUAGCGACUGUGCCCUACCUUGCGUCAGAGAUGUCAUCCCUACUGAUGACCCAGCUGUUGCCUUCAAGGACAUCGAUGCUGCCUUCCUUGUUGGAGCCAUGCCCCGCAAGGAAGGUAUGGAACGCAAGGACCUGUUGGCUGCUAAUGUCAAGAUUUUCAAGGUCCAGGGUCAAGCUUUGGACCAGCACGCCAAGAAGUCUGUCAAGGUUUUGGUUGUUGGCAAUCCAGCCAACACCAAUGCCCUCAUCUGCGCUAAAUAUGCUCCUUCUAUUCCCCGCGAAAACUUCUCCGCUAUGACUCGUCUUGACCAAAACAGAGCCCAGGCCCAGAUUGCCAACAGGCUGGGCAUCCCCAUCACUGACGUGAAGAAUGUCAUCAUCUGGGGCAACCAUUCCUCCACCCAGUUCCCCGAUGUCCGUCAUGGAACUGCCACCAUCAACGGACAAGGUGUUCCCAUCUUUGAUGCCAUCAAGGAUGAUGCUUGGCUUAAGGGAGAGUUCAUCACUACUGUUCAAAAGCGUGGUGGUGCCGUUAUCGCAGCUCGCAAACUGUCUUCUGCCAUGUCGGCUGCUAAGGCUGCAUGCGACCACAUGCAGAGUAUCUGGCAGGGAACUCCCAAUGGAACCUUUGUUUCCAUGGGUGUGUUUUCUGAUGGAUCUUACAAUACCCCAGAGGGAGUAAUGUAUUCUUUCCCUGUCACUAUUAAGGACAAGAAGUGGACAAUUGUGAAGGACCUCCCAAUUGAUGACUUCUCACGUGAAAAGAUGGACCUGUCAGCUAAGGAACUGUGCGAGGAAAGAGACGAUGCCAUUGCUGCUUGCCAGGGCUAGGAAGUCGCAGCAGCUAAGCCCAGGCUCUGAGAGACACCAGUCAUGUACACACACAAGAAAAAGGCUUUGCUUAAUAGACAAACACAGUACUAAAUGAUUUACCUGAUGAUGGAGAUUAUUUAGAGUAUAUUUUUAAGCAGCAGGACUGAUUAUUGAAUCAAAAGUAUCAUUUUGACAUUUGUGAGUGGGUGUUCACUAAGCACACAGGUUGCAAAAGCACCAAGUGUCCAGUAUCCCAGGAAGGGUUUGCAAAUGCAUGUACAAUGAAAUUCCAUAAGUAUUUUAUUGUUUUGUAAAUAGUUAAGCCUCCAUCAUCAAGCUCCAGCAUGAAAACUACUACUAAAGAGGAAAAGAUCAUCAUAUUGGACACCAAGUUCCAAAUUAGUGUCGAGGAUUUCUGAAGUAUGGUCAACCUCAUUAUCAGUAAUUUGGUAUCCAAGGCAUUUAGUUGAUUAAUGAUUUUAUCUGUAUGAAGGUAUAGUAUGUACAUACAUGGAUUUGAAACUCCCCACCCUUUUUCAGUAACAUGUCUCUUAGUCUCAUCCUGUGUUUAGUUGCACCGAAGUCGAAACGUUCCUUUAUACCCUGGACCCUGAAGAGGGGACAUUUAAUUUAUAAAAAAUAUUUUUCUAUAGUUUGAGUGGUUCAUUUGUGUAUAUGGGCAUUGCAGGGCCAUUGUGAUAUAAGUAAAGUUUUGUUAACGAAAUUUAGCACUGUUGUUGUUUGUUUGGCAAAGGACGCCAUGGAAAUGUGGCGAGACCCAAUAAAAUGAUAGUUUGA